AUGUACGCGGCGACCCCGGAGAACCAGGAGCGGGGCGGGCCCUUGCCGGCCGGCGAUGGCACGAUGGCCUUCCAGUCCUUCACCCAUGCUGAAUACCGGCAACGGCAACGAAAGUUCUCAGAGGACCUGCCCUCCAUAUUCCUGCAUCGCCCCCUGACCCAUCCUCAGACUCCUCCAGAGUCAACGUCCGGAAGCCCUCGAAUAAAGUUCGAGGGUGACUAUCCCCGCGCCGCACCGCCUAGGGUUGGGACGGAAGAGACAUGGCAUCCUCUCGGAUCUUUGGCCACCACUUCGCGAGACUGCUCUCCGCUCCCAGGCAUCGCUCGUCUCAACUCUCCCAGGAAUACCUCUGUGAGGCUUCCCAGCCUGGAGGAGUUUGAUCAAGGAGUCGAGGCCCUCGCCAGAUCCCAUGGCCCACCUCGACCGUACACCCCUCCUUCGCCCCUUUCAAGCUUGACAAGGUGUCGACCCUUUUCACAGCUUCCUCGACUUUCCCCCCACCGGUACUCGUACCAUGUGAGCGACCCUUUCACCCACGACACGGCUGGCAUGGACGGUUAUCCCAGUCCACCGCUCGACGGGGAGAACCGCCACAUCAACCAAAAAUACACCACUGAAGAGGGAGACUUCAUCAUCUACGCCUGGCAUGACAAGAAGCUCAAGUGGCAACGCAUCAAGCAGGACUUUGCCGCCAUGUUCGGCCGCACCCCCGAGCGAACGGUGCAAGGCCUGCAAGCCUGGUACUACCGCAUGAACCAGCGGAUUCCUGUCUGGGAUCAGGAUGGCUGGCUCGUCUUCGACAACGAGGACGAUCUCGAGCCCAGGUAUGUCAGCAUCAAAUGCAGAGAGAGGGACAGUCACGACAAGCCGAUGGAGCCUCUCGGCCUAGCACAACGGUAUCCGGAGCGGGCAAUCCAUUACUCCUGGGUGGACCCUCAGCUGAAGCAGAAGUCGCAGGACUGGGCUGCAAAGCGAGCGUUGCAGUACCGUGAGCGUCGCGAACGCAGGAAGAGAAAGGAGCAACGGCGAUUGAAGCUAUAG